UUCGGGUAAGAGAAAGUUUGAUUCCCGCCGUGAUAACCGGAAGGGAAAGCGUGGCGGGAAUGACCGUCGUGGCGGGCGCCCUGCAUCUUAUGAUCAGAAUCUGAAGUGCCCUAAGUGUGGUCGAUAUCAUCCGGGAGAAUGCCGUUUCACUCAGCGAGUUUGCUUCAACUGCAUGAAGCCCGGCCACUUCUUCAGUGCUUGCCCCGAACCCCCGAGACAGCAGGCCCAGCAGCAGCAGCAGCAGCUUCCUCCUCCACCUUACCCACAACAGCAGCCCAGACAACCCCCACCCCCACACCAGCAGCGUGCAGGAGGCCAGGCUCGAGUCUAUACCAUUGCUCAUGACGAGGCAGCCAACAAUUCAGGUACUAUGUCCGACAUGAUUUCCUUAUUCGAUGUGCCUAUCUUUGCAUUAUGCGACACUGGGGCUACUCAUUCCUUUAUCUCGUCUCGAUGCCUUGAGGCACUUUCUAUUAGCAAUGUGUGCAACUGUGAUCCUCUCGAUGUUAGUCUAGCCUCAGGAAAGACUAUUAUCUCCAACUCUUUGAUUCCCAGUCUUCCCGUCAGUAUUGGUGGGCAUAUAUUAGAGGACGAAUGCUAUGUUAUUGAAAUGCAGGACUUCGAUGUAAUCUUGGGCAUUGACUGGCUCACUCGCUAUCGAGCCGACAUCCG